GUCACCUACCAAGAGCACAAUACACGACACUGUGACCUGACUGGAGUAGCAAUCAUUCAACUUUAGUGACUUAAACUUGACUUUGUUUCCUUGAGGACUCUAAUUUGCAAAACCGACCCAGUCAGGAGUCACGAUGCCGGAACUCAACUGCUCCCGUGCGAGUCCUACCACAGCGAACGCCUCGGUCGACGCCGGCUGCCCCGAUCACGCUCUGCGGUGCAUCUGGACGAACGCGUCGCGGUUCCCGGGGAACGACCUGGAUGAAAUCUGCUUGAGCGAGGACGACUACAUGUUGAUGAAACUGGGGCCCCCGAGGUCCCCGGUGUUCCUUCCGGUCUGCGUUACCUACCUGAGCAUCUUCCUGGUGGGAGUCCUGGGCAAUUCCCUCACCUGCGCGGUCAUCCUGCGCUACAAGGUGAUGCAGACGCCCACCAACUACUACCUUUUGAGCCUGGCCGCGUCCGACCUCCUGGUGCUGCUUUUGGGCAUGCCGCUGGAACUCUACGAGAUGUGGCAGAAUUACCCUUUCCUGUUCGGGGAAGGCGGUUGCUACUUCAAAACCUUCCUGUUCGAGACGGUGUGCUUCGCCUCAGUCCUCAACGUCACGGCUCUCAGCGUGGAGCGCUAUUUGGCCGUGGCGCAUCCCCUCAAGGUCAAGUACGUGAGCACGUCUGCUCACGUCAAGAGGGUGGUCUUCGCGCUGUGGUCGCUCUCCAUGCUAUGCUCUGUGCCCAACACCAGCCUUCACGGGAUCGUCACGUUGCCUCCUCAAUUCGGACGGGACUUCCCGCGUUCUGCUAUUUGCCAGUUGGUGAAGCCCAGAUGGAUGUACAAUCUAAUCAUCCUGAUUUCCACGCUGGUCUUCUUCAUCCUGCCCAUGCUGAUCAUCAGCAUCCUCUACCUUCUUAUCGGACUGCAGCUACACAGGGAGAAGACCAUGACCACCACGGUGGAGGUCCGGUGCAGCUUUGGCCCAGAAAGCCUCAGCAAAGCCCACGCGCGGAAAGUCAACAAACGCAACCUUCAAGUCACCAAAAUGUUGUGUGUGCUGGUGAUGGUUUUUGGUCUCUGCUGGGCUCCCUUCCAUGCGGACCGUCUGAUGUGGAGCCUGAUGGACGCGUCGCUGGAGAGCCACCUGCAGAUCUUCGAGCACGUCCACAUCGUGUCGGGCGUCUUCUUCUACCUGAGCGCCGCCGUCAACCCCGUCCUCUACAACCUCAUGUCCACGCGCUUCCGAGAAAUGUUCAGACACGUCUGUUGCAGCGGCGACGGCUGGUCGCUAAGCUCGGGUUUGGAGAUGAGUCUGCGCGCUAGCUUGAGCCACAAAGCGCGUGAAAAAAGCAAAUGGACUCCGGCGGCCAUGUUGAAGCAGACUACGUUGAAUGGAGACGGCUGAAUUAUUUUGACAUUGACAGAAACGUUAACAUUGAUUCAUCAUAAUGUAGCUAGCAUUAGCAUGAUAUGCUAAAUAGGAAUUACUGUUUUUCCAUGCCUUAGUUUCCUCAUGAUUUGAAUUUUUAAAAAUGACGGAUGUAGUGCCAAUGUUGGUCUUUUUGUUCUAUAUAAUUUUGCUUGUUCAUAUUUCACUAGUUUAUGAAUGUCUUGUCUUUUUAAGGGACUGUUUUUACUCAUUGGCACGCCAUUUACAGCGUGAGACGUCCAAUCCAUUCUGACUGGGAGAGGGCAAAUGAGUGCUUGUUCAUUCGCUCUUUCCUUUUUAGGCGCUACAGCAAUUAUUGAUUGGUCAUGAAAUCAAGAUAUUGUACAAAACAACUAAUAAACAGAACAACAAGCUUCUGCUGUGAGUUUAUCACUAGUAGACGUCCAAUCCAUUUGAAGGGGGAGGGUGGCUAUCUUUGUCAAACUCACACAGAUGAAAAAACAGUUUCUGCUUUAACUAAAACCACCCAAACAUUUAUAGCUUUUCAUAUUUUAA